ACAAUCAAAUAUAGAUCACUUCCGCGCGUGAGAUUCAACCAACGGACUGAUGGGUUCGAUUGACGCUCCUUCAGUUACAGAGAACGGUUCAAGCGCUGUCACCGGAGGCGCUAAAAACCAGUCUGCUUCAGAUGGACCGCCGGCGGCAGCGGAUCCAGCCGGAUCUCUACGGGGACCAUCAGCUGAGACCGACUCUUCUAGAAAGAGAAAGGCCGGUGCGCUUCCCUUGGAGGUAGGCACUCGCGUCUCGUGUCGAUGGAGAGACGGAAAGUAUCAUCCGGUUAAGGUUAUUGAACGGCGCAAGCUGCAAAUCUGUGAUUCCAACGACUAUGAGUAUUACGUACACUAUACUGAAUUCAAUAGGAGGCUUGAUGAAUGGGUUAAACUGGAACAGCUUGAUCUUGGAUCGGUGGAGACUGUUGUUGACGAAAAGGUGGAAGACAAGAUAACAAGCUUGAAGAUGACACGCCACCAGAAACGUAAGAUAGAUGAGACACAUGUAGAGGGCCAUGAGGAGCUUGAUGCUGCCAGUUUGCGGGAACAUGAAGAAUUCACAAAAGUUAAAAACAUAGGCACCAUAGAACUUGGGAGAUAUGAAAUAGAGACAUGGUACUUCUCUCCAUUUCCACCAGAAUACAAUGAUUGUUUGAAGCUGUACUUCUGUGAGUUUUGUCUGACAUUCAUGAAGAGAAAAGAACAGCUUCAGAGGCAUAUGAGAAAAUGUGAUCUCAAGCAUCCUCCAGGUGAUGAGAUAUAUCGAAGUGGCACAUUGUCCAUGUUUGAGGUUGAUGGCAAAAAGAACAAGGUCUAUGGCCAAAAUCUUUGCUACUUGGCAAAAUUGUUUCUAGACCACAAGACUCUCUAUUAUGAUGUUGAUCUUUUCCUUUUCUAUGUACUUUGUGAAUGUGAUGAUCGAGGAUGUCACAUGGUUGGCUAUUUCUCAAAGGAAAAGCAUUCAGAGGAAUCAUACAACCUGGCAUGCAUUCUCACACUUCCUCCCUACCAGAGGAAAGGUUAUGGGAAGUUCCUAAUUGCAUUCUCUUAUGAACUAUCGAAGAAGGAAAGUAAGGUUGGAACGCCUGAGAGACCUCUUUCCGACCUUGGAUUAUUAAGCUAUAGAGGAUACUGGACUAGGGUUCUUCUUGAUAUUCUCAAAAAGCACAAGGGAAAUAUCUCAAUCAAGGAGCUGAGUGAUAUGACAGCUAUAAAAGCUGAUGACAUCUUAGCGACCCUUCAAGGGCUGGAACUGAUUCAGUACCGUAAAGGGCAGCACGUAAUAUGUGCGGAUCCAAAAAUAUUGGAACGCCAUCUUAAAGCUGCAGGAAGAGGUGGGCUUGAUGUUGAUGUGAGCAAAUUGAUAUGGACUCCUUACAAAGAACAAAGUUGAGUGAGCUUCUUGUUAGAAGAAAGAAACCCAUGUAUAUUUUCUUUACCUUUAGCUCUUCUUCUUCUUCUACUAACCUUAUUUACUACAUUUGGGUUCUAGAUAUACCGUCUUGAUCCUUGUAACUAACAAAAUGCUUAACUCAACAGCUUAGGAUUGAUUUGUUUAGUCCUUUUUCUCUCUGCAAUUUCUUUCUUCGUUUGGAAUGAAUGAAAAUCGAAUUAUGUUUUGUUUACUACCCCCAACAAUAAAAACAAAAGUAGGUGAUUUGUAACUACACAUUUUUGGUUAAUUUAUUGAUUGCAUGCA